UAUAAGAAAGGCACAAGUCAUGCUGGAUGCAGCUAUAAUUUUUCGAAAUAAUAAUUUUUCGAAAUGUUUUCCUUGCUAUUAAGAGUUACAAUUCUAACUGUGGUGAUUUCUAUUGCAGAAAGUCAUCGUCAUGUGGCCUACAGUCAUGACGAAUCCUUGCCAACUUUUCGUGGAAACUGGAUGUCCAACUUAUCCGACAGCACUUAUCUUCAUAAACUGUCAUUAGCUGGAACUCACGAUAGUAUGGCAUUUUAUGGGGGAUUCACUACACAAACGCAGUCGAUUCCUUUAAUGGACCAAUUGGUGGGUGGUAUCCGGGUAUUAGAUAUUAGAUGUCGACAUUAUGAAGACUCUUUUCCCAUACAUCAUGGAUUUAUAUUUCAAAAAACUUAUUUCGGCACUGUUUUAAAGACGAUUGUCGAGUUUCUUGACAAAUAUCCCUCGGAAAUGAUUAUGAUGCGCUUCCGAGACGAGUAUGAAGAAGGAAAGAAUACAAAAACCUUUUGGGAAAUUUAUGAUGAAUAUGUUGCUCCGUAUAAAGCAAAAUAUUUGUGGACCCCAACAACUAACCGACCUACGCUGGGCGAAGUCAGAGGAAAAAUCGUGCUUCUAGACGACUACACCAGAUACAACGCUUCAACCACAAGCACUUUGGCGUCGCCAUACGGCUUAUACUACGGCAACAAAAACGACUUUUCUAUUCAAGAUGAAUAUGAAAUAUUAACAAACUUUGAAUUGGGGAAAAAGUGGAAAUUUGUCAAGGACCAAUUAAUUCUCGCAAAUUCAACUGGAGGGGAAAAGUUUUUCAUAAAUUAUUUAUCUGCAUCUAGCGUACCCACAGCCGUAUUUCCCUUUUUUGUCGCAAGUGGGCACAUGACCGAGGGUACUAGUUCUGACCGUCUUUACACCGGAUUUACUGAUCCAGUGGGAAAAUCAAUGUUUCCAGAUUUUCCAAGACUGCAUUGUGUUUUUGGAAUUUGCAUGUACUAUUUCGAGGGAACGAAUAUUCUCACUUGGGAAUUUAUUCAAAAAGAGAAGCCACGGUUUGUGGGCAUUAUUUAUUCUGAUUUUCCUGGGGACGGUCUUAUCGAAGCCGUAAACAGUUUGAAUUUUCAAUAGUAAUAAAAACAUUUAAAAUCAUUAAUA